AUGUCAAAGACUGAGGGCGUUCAUGUGAGUCUGAACCGUGCGGCACCACCGCAAAGCAGAGUGAAUGCCAACUUUCCGGAGGGUUUGAGUGUUCUUGUGGUUGAUGACGACGUUGUCUGCCUCAAAUGUGUUACUGCUCUUCUCAACAAGUGUCGCUAUAAAGUUACCACGACAACAAAAGCAACAGAAGCUCUUAAAAUGCUGAGGAAGAAGAAAGAAAAAUAUGAUAUUGUGAUUACUGAUGUUAUAAUGCUCGAUAUGAACGGUUUCGAGCUUUUGGAGAUAAUAGGCCUUGAAAUGGACAUGCUAGUAAUAAUGAUGUCCGUAAACGAUGACAAAGAAUCGGUGAUGAAGGGGGUAAAGCAUGGAGCUCGGGACUACCUGAUAAAGCCACUUCGGUUGGAAGAAGUGAAGAAUAUUUGGCAGCAUGUGGUCCGGAAAAAUCUAUUUAAUACAACGAAAUCUGGCACCAUGCAAAAGAAGAAGAGGGUUAGUUGGACUGGAGUGUUGCAUAACAAGUUUGUCAAUGCUGUUCGGGAGCUAGGAGUAGAUAAAGCAGUUCCAAAGAAGAUACUCAACAUCAUGAAUGAACCGGAGAUCUCUCGCGCAAGUGUUGCUUGCCACCUUUGGAAGUACAGAAAUGCCUUAAGGAAGGAGAACACAAUAGCUAAAAUGACCCAAGAAAGCAAGAACAAUAUCAAUUCAAACAGAACAAACAGGCUUCUAUCUGAUACAAUCACCACAUCUUGUAUUAAUCAAGGCCUAAACACCAUCAAUCAUCACAAUAGAUUUGCAGAACAAGACAUGAGUACUGGGAUCACCUCAUUUGGUAGCCGACUUCAAACAUUUGGUGCUUCUACAUCAAAUGCAAAACUCCUCCAACAAAACCAACUACCUCCCAAAGUAGUAGCAGAUCACAUGCGCCCAACCGUGCUUGGAAGUGUCCCUCCAUCUCAAUUUUUUGCGGCAAAUCCAUCUCCCCAUCAUGAAUUGAAUGGGAUGAGGUUUCAUUCUAUUAAUUCGAGAACAGAGAUUUUUGAUGACAAUGUCAAGAUGUCUUCUUCUCAGCUUCCUAGCUUUAACACAGGAGAAUCUGGUCCAAGCAGUAUGCCUGUUAGCUUUGGGCCAUAUUCAUGUCCUCUUGCAGCCGUCAACCUUGGCGGUGUUCCUUUUCAAAUUCUUGGAGAUGCUUCAAAUCAACUGAAUCCAAUUUCUCAACCCGAUUCUCUUGCCAUGCUGCUUCCAGGGCAACAUGAAGGAAGAAAUUUAGCUAAUCUCAAAGUAAAAGAAGAACCAAUUAACUUUCCAUUUGACAUGCGACAAAUCACAGAUGACUCAAUCCGGAAAGGGCAGUUUGUGCAGCAUCGAUAUCCCUUUGAGAAUACAGAAAGAGAAAUCAGGAGCCAUCACAAUAAUAGCAGCAGUUCGUCGGAUGAUGGCCUCCUUAGCAUUAUGGUAAAACAGUUUUGGAGCAAUUCGGCUCCUAAGUUGUAA